CAAAGUGUAUGAAAAGAGAAACACGAUGCGUUUCCUCCUCCGGCAAAUCUAAGCUGCUUUCGACCGACAAUCUCAAGAUCCGCCGCCGCUCAUCGAUCGGUCGUCCCUCCGUUGAAAUCCCAAAUCGAUUACUUUGCCUGAUUUGUCAGAUUUAGGUUGCGUUUGUGAUACAUUAAUGUCGAUUGCAUUGAAUAGCACAGCGGCUAGGAUCGGCAUCGCGCCGUCGUCUGGGUUCGCGCACGGCGGGGUCGCGUGUGGUGGGUUGCUCUUCGACUCGCCGGAAAACCGCCGGGGGGUUCCCGCCGGUGAGGUUUCGGUUUCUUCUUCGAGUUCGUCGUCGAUCGGGAAGAACAGCGACGAUGAAUCGGAGAGAUACGACGGCGGCGAAAAUGAUGAGGCUCAGAGCUCGUAUAAAGGUCCGUUGGAUAUGAUGAACGAGUUGGAGGAAGUUUUACCCAUGAGGAGAGGGAUCUCAAAGCACUACAACUAUAAAUCCAAGUCCUUCACAAGUCUAGUAGAAGCUUCAUCUUCUUCCAACAUCAAGGAGCUUGCAAAACCAGACAAUGCCUACACCCGAAAACGCAGGAACCUCCUUGCCUCCAACCACAUGUGGGAGAAGAACCGAACCUCCUUCCCGCUGAGAAGCAAUGGCGGCGGAAUUUCAAAGAGGCCGAUUCCGUCCAGUCGAAGCGCAUUGGCUCUGGCUGUGAAGCUGGGCAGCUGCUCGGAAAGCAGUACUAGUAGCACAAGUGAGGAAUCCAAUUCGAGCUCAAAUCCGUCGUCGCCGCGGCCACCUCUCCCACCGGGUAACGCUUGUGCACUAGGAAGUUAUGCAGCUUGGAGAUCGUAUUCAUUGGCUGAUCUGCAAGAAUGUACCGUUGCUACGAUUGUAAAUGCUUCACGAUUCUCGGCGGCUUCCACGACGAAACCGAACGUGUAGAAACCCUAACUUGAAUCUUGCCAGUGUUCCUGCCUGCAGCGAGCUGAGUUUGCGAUGGUGUUGUCAGGAAAUAUGGUUCUUCUAGUCUAAUUAAUCUUUGAUUAAAAGUGUAAGGGUAGAAGAAUUUCAAAAAUCUGAUGUUACUUGUACAUAUGUUGAAUGAGUAAAAUAACCCCAUUUUACAACAA